AUGGGACAGGAUGCUUUCAUGGAGCUCUUCAGCAGCACGGUUGGGGUCUUUCAGUGCAAAAUAUACCUCCUUCUCUUAGCAGGUGCUUGUUCCGGGCUGAAGGUGGCGGUGCCAUCACACACAGUCCAUGGCAUCAGGGGUCAGGCUCUCUACCUCCCCGUACACUAUGGAUUCCACACUCCAGCAUCAGACAUCCAGAUCAUAUGGCUGUUUGAGAGACCCCACACGAUGCCCAAAUACUUACUGGGCUCUGUGAACAAGUCUGUGGUUCCCGACUUGGAAUACCAACACAAAUUCACCAUGAUGCCACCCAAUGCCUCCCUGCUCAUCAACCCAUUGCAGUUCACUGAUGAAGGCAAUUACAUCGUGAAGGUCAACAUUCAGGGAAAUGGAACUGUGUCAGCUAGUCAGAAGAUUCAAGUUACCGUUGAUGAUCCUGUCACGAAACCAGUGGUGCAGACUCAGCCUUCCUCUGGGGCUGUGGAGUAUGUGGGGAACAUGACCCUGACAUGCCUCGUGGAAGGAGGCACCCGGCUGGUUUACCAGUGGCUAAAAAAUGGGAGGCCUAUCCACACCAGCUCCACCAACUCCUUUUCUCUCCAAAACAACAGCCUUCAUAUUGUUCCAGUGACCAAAGAAGACAUUGGGAAUUACAGUUGCCUGGUGAAGAACCCUAUCAGUGAGAUGGAAAGUGACAUCAUUAUGCCUACCAUAUAUUAUGGACCUUAUGGACUUCAAGUUAAUUCUGAUAAAGGGCUAAAAGUAGGGGAAGUGUUCACUGUGGAUAUUGGAGAAGCGAUCUUGUUUGAUUGUUCUGCUGAUUCUUAUCCUCCCAACACCUACUCCUGGAUCCGGAGGACAGACAAUGUCACAUAUGUCAUUAAGCACGGGCCUCGCUUGGAAGUUGCAUCUGAGAAAAUAGCCCAGAAGACAACUGACUACGUGUGCUGUGCUUACAACAAUGUAACUGGAAGGCGAGAUGAAACUCAUUUCACCAUCAUCAUCACUUCUGUAGGAAUAGAGAAAUUUGCACAAAAAGGGAAAUCAUUGUCCCCUUUAGCAAGUAUAACUGGAAUAUCACUCUUUUUGAUUAUAUCCAUGUGUCUUCUCCUCCUAUGGAAAAAAUAUCAACCCUACAAAGUUAUAAAGCAAAAGCUAGAAGGCAGGCCAGAAACUGAAUACAGGAAAGCUCAAACGUUUUCAGGCCACGAAGAUGCUCUGGAUGACUUUGGAAUAUAUGAAUUUGUUGCUUUUCCAGAUGCUUCUGGUGUUCCCAGGAUGCCAAUGAGAUCUGUUCCAGCCUCUGAUGGUGUACCAGGGCAAGAUUUGCACAGUACAAUUUACGAAGUUAUUCAGCACAUCCCUGCCCAACAGCAAGACCAUCCAGAGUAA